CUCAGAAUUUUGCUGAUGCUGACUCUGCACCCUUUUGGUGGCUCUGUUGACAACAUAACCUCUUUCCUUUCCUUCUCAUCCACUCAACCUCUGCUGUCACACAUACACACAAACAGAUUCAGGCCGGAUGUACAUUUGAUCGCUACACCAAUCUUCCCAUUUUACAAUGCUAAUGAUGUCUCUAGUGUGAAGACAAAAUCGUUCUUUUACUUUAAAUACAAGGACAACCUUCUAGAUGUUUAUGACCAAUAGCCUCCAGAGGGUCCAUUUACUUCUUGAAUUAAAUCAUAAUGUCUUAAAAUGUCUUGAUAAUGAAUUACAAAAUAGUAAUUACAGUAGGCAAAGGUUAACUAAUUUAGCAGGGGGAAGAAUGUUGUUACACCAGUGGUAGACAGACACGCAUGCUAUAUUAAACUGUUUUUUUUUAAACACUGCUGUAAUACCAGUGGUAGCCACAGCGUUCAGUCUGCCGGCUUAAUUAACCACACCUGGUGGCGCAUUGAUGGCUGGGCUCCCCAGUCCCCAAAGACUGCCAACGGCCCGAUUCAAGUUGAACGUAAAUAGCAAACAUCACCAUAAAUUCACUCCAGAUUAAUUUAGGUAGCUGAUAACUAAUUUAAUUCACUCAGGCAAUGUAGGGGACCAACCAAUUAUCUUAUUCACGUCAACUGAUUAAGUCUACCAUAUAGAUUAACAACAACAAUGUCGACCGAGACUUCAGAGGAAGCUAAAGUUCAGGAUGACCAAACCCAAAGAGUUGUGGCUGCAUCGGCGGCGGCAGCAGCAAGUGACGCCGUCCGUAUCCAGAUCUGCACCACCGGACAAACGAGCGUCCACCAACCUGCCGUAUUUACGACUGCACGACCCACACCUGUUCGCCACAGCAUUGUCGGCAGCACAGGUCAAAGGUUGGUUAGUGUUGUCCCACAGGCAUCCUCCUCGUCAGUACUGGUGGUAGCUAAAGUGCCAACCCCAGGGUUAUGUGCAACUGGGCAGCCUUUGCAUUUGACCAGACCAUCCUCUGCAACUGCUGUAAGUAUUAAGACUCCUGCCCCUGGAAGGAUAGUGGUGAUGGCUGUUCCAAAGGCAACAGUUCCCCAACCUCUAGCUCCCCGUCCACCACAGACAUCCUCCACGCAGCUUCCAGCCAAUUUUCAGAUCCCACCAGGCAUGGUGCUGAUCCGUAGCGACAGCGGUCAGCUCAUGUUGGUAUCACGGCAGACACUGGCCCAGGCUCAGGGCCAGCAGGCGCAGAAGGCCAUCAGUGUCCCAGCACCAAGAUUACCAGCCUCCAGAUUACCAUCACCAAUGGUCACGACAGCACAAGCUAAAAAGCCUGAUAAGCUUAUGGUGAUCAGAGUUUCAGCACCGCCGACCGCCGGAACCUCAACAUCAGCAGCCGUAGCAGGCAUGAUGAAGACAACUGUGCUGAACAGGGAAGCUCCCAAACCGGUGGUAGUCCAGACACUCAACACUGUGAUCGGUCAGGGUGCUCAGCCUCGCAGCCAGGCAGGGAUCAAACAAGCCCCCAGCAGCAACCAGCCAAUGUUCACCAUUACACAGGAGACUCUGGAGAAUGUGAAAAAGUGCAAGAACUUCCUGGUGACUCUGAUUAAGCUUGCGUCCAGCGGCAGCCAGUCCCCUGACAUGGCCACCAACGUCAAGGCCCUUGUGCGCUCCCUGCUCGAUGGAAGCCUUGAACCCGAGGAGUUCACAAAUAAGCUGUAUGUGCAGCUGAAGUCUACUCCCCAGCCAUACCUGGUGCCUUUCCUCAAGAAAAGUCUCCCGGCAGUCCGUCACCUGACCGCAGACCCCCAGCACUUCAUCCAGCAGGCGGGCCAGCCCAAGCCACAGCUAGCCACCCCCUCCAAGCCCCCUCUGGCUCCUCCCUCAGCCGCUCCAAAGCCAUCUGGUACCCUCACAGGAAUCAGGCCCACCCUGAAACAUGUCGUCCUGAACAAAUAUCCCACCGGAGGAGUUCCAGCUGGACCUACAGCCACCGGCCCCAGCACCUUGCUGAGAACGGGUUCAUCUGAGGGCAGUAGGACCACACAAAGAGGCGUGGUUGUUCUGUCAGGACAACAUCAAGGCGCUUUUUCUUUUAAAAGGCCUUCAGUUCCACAACAACAACCCACCUCUAAAUAUGCUUUCAAGGAAACUUCUUACAAGGAAGACGACGACAUCAAUGACGUGGCCUCCAUGGCCGGGGUCAACCUGAAGGAGGAGAGCGUGAGGAUCCUUGCCGGAGGCGGCAUCGUGAUUGGCUCCGUGGUGCGCUCCUGCCAGGACACGCCCUUCCUGUACACCGGGGCACUGCACGCCCGCAUCCUCCGCACAGGAGAAUCCCUGGGGGUGAGCGAGGCCAGGCCGGAGGCGGUCACUCUGGUGUCCAACGCCACUCAGGAGUUCCUGCGGGACCUGCUUGAGAAGCUCUCCUUGGUGGCAGAGCACCGCAAGAAUUCAGUUAAGGAGGAUCAACGCCAUACACAGGUGACGGACGUCCGUGCUCAGCUCCACUUCCUGGAACAAGUGGAGGUUUUAAAGAGGCGACGACAGGAAGAGGAGCUGAGGGAGACUCUGCUGCGUCUGGCUCGGCGGCGCUCCAACUGUGAGGAUCCAGAGCAGCAGCAACUGCGGCAGAGGGCCAAAGAGAUGCAGCAGGCCGAGCAGGCUCUGCUGCAGCACAGAGAGGCUAACCUCACAGCCCUGGCUGCCAUCGGGCCCCGCAAGAGGAGGCCCCUGGACUCUACAGGAAGUGUGGUGUCAGUAUUGGCCAAGAGUGUGGUGACGAGGGUGACCAUGAGGGACUUGCUGUUGGUCAUGGAGGAAGAUCGCCGAAUGCGACACUCCCUGACCCUGUACAAGGCUCUUAUGAGAUAAUCCCUUCUGUAACUUUAGUUACUUUUUCAGAAGUUUGGUUGUCCACUUUUUUUACUUUCAUGUAUCUGUUCUUUGCAGUGUGCACUGCAAUAUUUAUUUAUAUAUUAACUAUUUAUUUAUUUCAAAUUUUGUUCUAUGACAAAAAAAUACCCUUUGUGUUUAACUGUAUUUAUUGUGCCAAAAGAAGGCGUUGAUUUAUGUUUGGAUGAUGGCCUUGUCUGUUGAUUGACAUGUGGUAGUUAUUAUUGAGUUAGAGGAGAUAUUAACCUGCACCUCCAUUAAAAAAAGAAAAGAAAAGAGGAACUGUGUGUCUGGUGUGGGGGGAAGGCCUGAGGCCUUUAACAGGAACUAAACAUGUACAAACGUAACUGAUCUCACAAACUACUCUUAAGCAUAGGCAUCACUAUGGGAUAAAAAAUCGGAUCAUUUGUGUCUUCAAAAUGGCUUAUGGGGCUAAAUGCUGGAGUCAAUUUGAAUUGAGAAUACUUCGCUGGGUUCGUUCGAUGACCAAAAUACCCUGUUUCUAGCAAAUGCUUGGAUACGGCUAAAGUACAAUAGCACUUUAGCUUUAUUUAUAUGAAUGACUUCUACAUAUGUUUAUGUUCCCAUUUGCUCUGAUGAACUGAGGGCAUGGGAAAAGCAAUAAGGUUUAU